GGACUUGUAAUAUGCUUCAUAAAGGUCCACGUCCAUUAGUUUUGUGUGGUCCUUCAGGAAGUGGCAAAAGUACUCUCAUAAAGAAACUUUUUGAAGAAUUUCCAGAUACGUUUGGUUAUUCCGUAUCUCAUACAACUAGAAAUCCUAGAGAGGGUGAGGAAGAUGGAAAACAUUACUACUUUACUACUAAGGAUAAAAUGCAAAAGCAGAUAGAACAGAAUGAAUUUCUUGAAACUGCCGUAUAUAGUGGGAAUAUGUACGGUACCAGCAAACGUGCAGUAGAGGAUGUACAGGAAGCAGGCAAAAUUUGUGUAUUAGAUGUUGAUAUGCAAGGUAUAAAGCAAAUAAAACAAAGUUCUUUAGAUCCCUUUUAUAUAUUUAUUAAACCACCAUCUAUCGAGGAAUUGGAGAAAAGGUUAAGAGCUAGGAAAACAGAAACUGAAGAUACCUUGCAGCGAAGAUUAUCUGUUGCUAGAACAGAGAUAGAAUAUGGUAAGUGUCAUAAGUUAAUUUAUUGUUUUCUUAAAAACUUGAAUGCAUUUGAUAUGUACCUUUAUGUUAAACAAAGAAAUACCGUCAGAAUUAUUUUAGGAGAGAAGUCUGGUAAUUUUGAUAUAGUGAUUGAAAAUGAUAAUUUUUCUAAGGCAUAUGAGGAACUAAAAAAAUUUGUGAUGUCAAACCUGAAGCAAGGUGAAACAGGUAUAGUAAAUAGUAUAUACAUAUCAUAUAGUUACUAGUUAACAACAUUUAUAUCUGUUUUCAAUACUUUACAGGAUAUUAAACAUGUUUCC